UGCCGCAUCAGCCGGACCGAGGCGGAGCCGCGGCUGCGGGAGUUACAUCAUCCCCGACGGCGCGGCCAGGAGCCGCAGCGGCCGCGCAGACAAAGGCGCUCGCCACUCGAGGAGGGCGCGUUCGCUCGCUGCGCUGCUCCCUCGCCGCCACCGCCGCCGCUUGCACCAUGGAGCGUCGCUGUUGCUGCUGCUGCACUCGCCCUUAGGCGGGGAGGGAAGCAGGAUCCCACCCUACCCGCCACCCCGAGGUGGGGGUCUUCUGGAUUGGGUGCUCCCCUCUCCCCUCGGAUUCCGCCUACCCUGCAGGAUCGUCGGUCAAGGAAAGGGGGAAAGCACUCCGGAGUUGGGGGGCGAGAAGGCAAGAGAAGGACCCCCCUCCAAAAAAGAGAGAGACCCGCAUAUAGGGAACGCCGUCGAGGCCGCCGCCGCCACUGCCAAAGAUGAGUCUGCUUGUGCAGGAGUGCCCUCUGGUGGUUGCAUCGCAGAAGAAGCAGCAGCGGCUGGACUUGGACGAUGCCUCUGAGACCAGCAUCCCAGAAGCCAAGCGCCCACGUCUCAGCCUGCUGCCGAGCCCGAGCCCUUGCCUCCAACCCCUUGCCUCUAGCCUCCUUCCUGCCACAGACCGGGAGUCAAGGAUAUCCCAGAUUGGCCCCUAUAUCCUUCUGGAGGCCACCGAAGGCGGCCGCUGCUACAGGGCUGUGGACAGACACACGGAGGCAGAAUAUACCUGCAAGGUCUAUCCAGCCAAGAGCUACCCAGAGGCGCUGGCCCCUUACGCCGCCCUUCCAGCGCAUCCCAGCAUCGCCCGUGUGGCGGAUGUGAUUGUCGGGGACCAGAACAUUUACGUCUUCUUCCAGCCUGGGAGGGACGACAUGCAUAACUAUGUGCGACGGUGCAAGCGCCUUCCUGAGCCUGAGGCUGCUGUCCUCUUCCGUCAGAUGGCUGAAGCGGUUGCCCACUGCCACCAGCAUGGAGUGGUCCUCCGGGACCUCAAACUGAGGAAAUUCGUGUUUGCUGACCGAGAAAGAUUCAAACUGCUGCUGGAGAAUCUGGAGGACUCGUGUUUGCUGAAAGGCCCCGACGACUCCUUGGAGGACAAGCACGGCUGCCCGGCCUACGUGGGUCCCGAGAUCCUCAGCUCCAAGGCGUCCUACUCCGGCAAGGCUGCUGACAUCUGGAGCCUGGGCGUGGUGCUCUAUACCCUCCUCGUGGGGUGCUACCCCUUCCAAGACACCAAGCCCCUGUCUCUCUUCGGCAAGAUCCGCCGCGGGCGCUUUGCCAUCCCCGAGGACCUCUCGCCCAAAGCCCGCUGCCUCAUCCGUUGCCUCCUGCGAAAGGACCCAUCCGAGAGGCUGACAGCCGGCGAGAUCCUAUUGCACCCAUGGCUGGCUCCUGGCGGCACCCCUGAGGGCUUGUGGAAUGGCCCCUCCAGAGAUCAGGGGCCGGAGCAGGUGGUCCCAGAUGUGGGGGGCUUGAGGGAGGUCAAGGCCAAAGAGGAAGAGGAGGGAGGCCUGUACAGCUGAGCCGCCAAAGAGAACAAGAUGGAAAAAGGAGCAACAAGGUGACUCUUGUCUUGACCUGACUAGCCAUGAACCAUGGAAGGGAGACCCCCUCUCACCCUUCAGUUCCCUCACUAGAGUCGUGCCCCAGAAAGAAGUGUCUUCAAGCUAAGACAACAGUCACAUUUGCCAGCAAACUGGGAGGACUGGUGCUUUGACAUCCAGGUCAGGGACGAUGGCGAGGCGUCAGCGCCUCCCUCGCAUCACGGCGCCCCUCUUCGUGGCGCACUCGUUCGCAUGUGCCAAAGGACUGUUCCGGAACUCUUUAUCCCCACCAGCAAAACUCUCCUGCGUUGAGAAAGGGGUGCUUCUUAGCAGCCCCUGUGGGACUCUGAAACGAAGGACUGGAGCUCCGAGCCGCCGCUGUUCUCGCAGAACGACUCAGGGGUGGUUGGCAAAAGAGGUUCAGGUUGCAAAAGGAUGGAUGGAUUGCAAGAUCAAGGACUGGGAAUUUGUGACUGGCUGCCUCGGUCAAAGCGCUGGACUGGUUUUUUUGUUUGAAACAGAAAGCAGCUGUAAAGACGCUCUCUCGCUGCAGUCCGGCUGCCAUUUUCAGGAGAAGUCAUUCCCCAUUCCGCAGUGCGCCAGGCGCCUUGUGAGGGAGGAGGGCAGGGUGGCAGCCUUGGAGGGAAGGGGCUGAGGUCCGCAGCUGUGUGUGGUCUCCUCCCCCCUCCUAGAAAACCUGUGGCCUUAAACAACUACAACCUCCCCCCCCCCCCGCAGUUUUCACCACAGUGCCUCCAAUUCCUGCCCUUAAAAUGAGGUUCCCGGUGGGCCUUGCCUCUUUCUCUACUUGAAUUUACCUCAGUACUUGACAGUUUUCGGGGGUGGCUGGGUUGUUCUGCCAGCCUCCCCCCCAGCCUGCGACCUCCCCCAUGGUGCCUUUCCUCCUUGCCUCCCCAGGGUUGGAGAAGAAACUCAGCCAUGCUAGGUGGGCUGGAUCUUAAAAGCCUUGAAAAAUCAAAUACAUGCCUCUGUCUUGCUUUCUUGGUGGGGUGCUACCCCUUCUGGGGUGCCCUGAAUAGUGCACCACAUCUCUAAGCACGAUUUUUUAAAAUCAGAACUUCAUUCCCACCCCAGUAUUCCAUGAAACGGCCCAUUGCUGGUCUUUUGAACCACAGUGUGAGAGGGAGGGGUUGCCAGGAGUGCCGUCCCUAUGCAGGGGUUUGCAGGCUUCUCUUGCCAACAUUUGUGGGUGCUGGGACCCCAGCACACCCCUAUUGUCUUUGGCCUUCUGCAGGGCACCCAUGCUUGGGUCCCUGCAUGGAUUUCUCUCUAUUUUUUCUUGGGGGGGGGUGAGGCAACACUGCAAGAGGAAGUGUUUCUGACAAAAACAGGCAAAAAUGUACAGUAUAGGCAUAUAUCUCAGGUUCUACAAAUCCUUGAGACACAUCGACCCCAUCCAUUGAUGAAUUUCUUUUAACAAAAUAAAAAAAUUCCUUCCAGUAGCACCUUAGAGACCAACUACCGUAAGUUUGUCAUUGGUAUGAGCUUUCGUGUGCAUGCACACUUCUGCAGAGACACGAAAGCUCAUGUUGUUGUUGUUGUUGUUUAGUCGUUUAGUCGUGUCUGACUCUUCGUGACCCCAUGGACCAGAGCACGCCAGGCACUCCUGUCUUCCACUGCCUCCCGCAGUUUGGUCAAACUCAUGUUCGUAGCUUCGAGAACACUGUCCAACCAUCUCGUCCUCUGUCGUCCCCUUCUCCUAAUGCCCUCAAUCUUUCCCAACAUCAGGGUCCUUUCCAGGGAGUCUUCUCUUCUCAUGAAGUGGCCAAAGUAUUGGAGCCUCAGCUUCAGGAUCUGUCCUUCCAGUGAGCACUCAGGGCUGAUUUCCUUCAGAAUGGAUAGGUUUGAUCUUCUUGCAGUCCAUGGGACUCUCAAGAGUCUCCUCCAGCACCAUAAUUCAAAAGCAUCAACGGAAGUUCAUACCAAUGACAAACUGAGUUGGUCUCUAAGGUGUUACUGGAAGGAAUUUUUUUUCUUUUGUUUCGACAAAAGAACCCUGAGAAUGGCAGUUUCUCUUGGCAGAGCUGCCAUUCCCAGGAUUAUUUAGGGGUAGCCAUGCCAGAGUGGGACAAGAGUAUGAUUUGGAGGCUGAGAAAGGUGGGGGUGGGGAUUCCUAGUGGGCAAACCGCUCCCCUUGCCCCUUGCGGACCCACAUGUCCCCAUUGAGAAGCCAGUGCCGCCAACCUACCUGUUCCAGAGCAGGAUUUUGGUGGGGUGGAAGGUGGUCAGAGCUAAAGAGAUUCUGCUGCCUUAGCAAGUGCGGCUUCCAAACAGCAAACCCGCAGCCUUGGAGGGAGGGAGGACGGCAAGGAUCACUGCACACAGGCAGGAGACUCUCUCUGCCCUUCUCUUGAGCUGUUGGAAACAGCCUCAGCUCAGCCUUCUCCAAAAACCUGGCACCCUCUCAACAUUUUGGGCGCUGGCUGCGGCUGAUGGAAGCGGGAACCCAAACAUUGGGAAGGUGCGAGGUGAGAAAGGGCUAGAGCUAGCCACACAUGCCAGAGGGCCCUGGCACGCUCACCGGGGCGGGCACAAAUGUGGUGAGCUUGUUUCGCCUGGAGUCAGAAGGGCUGUCGAGAAGGUCCCAACAGCUGCUUCAGGGUCUCUCUCCUCUGCCCCAUGCCAGCUCUGCCCUCCCAAGUUGGCAGUGGGAAAAUGGGGCUGCAUUUCCACCCCCCAUGAUGGAAAGCCAGCUUUUACACUCUCGGUUUCCCUGGGACCAGAAAGGUCAGGUGUCCCUUAAGACAUGGUUGCAAAACUGGUUUUAAGAGCCAUUCCUCCUCCUCUGGGAAUAUGCCCCUCCUGGAGGGGGCUGGGCACCUCUAACAAGGCUCUCGACACAUCAGAAGAGCCCGCUGGAUAGGAACACAGGGAGCCGUCUUACAUUGAGCGAGACCAUUGGUCCAUCCAGCUCAGUACUGUCUACACUGGCUGGCAGCAGCUCUGAAAGGUUUCCGGCAGCAGUCUCUCACCACCCCACCGGAAUCGAAUCUGGGACCUUCUGCAUGCAAAUUGGGCCAGUGACCCGUCUAAACCUGCACCUUAAAGCGGCCAAGCGAAUGCCUGCAUGGGGAACCUGCAAGCGGGAGCCGAUCGCAACAGCGCCCCCCCCCGCGCUUUCCAGCAACGGCUCUUCAGAGGUCCAUUUGUCAACCUCCCAGCAUCCUUUGGAGCUUUGAGGGUUGAGCUGCUGCUGCAAAAACGGGUGCACGGUUAGCCUUUUAUUUACGCAGGGAGGGCGUGUUGGAACUGGCGCGGGCAGACGCCUCGGGCGAAAAAAACCCAGCUUCUGAUCAGCAAACCUUGGAUAAGGUGAAACGCGGGGAGCUGGAACCCUGUUGGUGCUUUUGGGGAGCGAAAAGAGUCAGUGAGUUGGCUCCUUUGGAAAUAAUUGUCUCUGGUUCAGCCAAAGAUGCUCCAGUUCUGGUUUAGUCCUUCCUGGCUCUGCCUCUUCCUCCCCCCCCCCCCAAGCCUCCCGUCAUCCUGCCUGUGUGCAAAUAAUGCAGCUUUCAUACCUGACCAAAUAGUGACACACACUACCACUGGGAGAGGCCUUCUGUGUUGUUGUUUU